ACGGGUCGAUCCAUCGCGAUCGGCUACCAUGCAUCGGCGCCGUAUACCUACAACAUACACCGUGCGUUUGGUAUUUCCAACUAACGUUAGGCUACAACUUACAAGCAGAUUUCUUCCCCAAAAAUUUGCACGUUUUGGAAAAGCUACCGUCAGAGCUGCAUCCAUGUUUGCCUCAGACAAAGACAAGAAGUGAUCGGGUACACAACUGGAACAACUGACCCAGCACCUCGGGCUAGAAACUAUGGAUGAAGGAAUAUACCAUGAGGAAACAAAAGAUAGGGGUCAUGGUUUGAACUUGCAGCAAGAUCAGUAUGUACGACAAAAACUGCAGGAUGUUUCCGAACAGCCAAAACCUAAUCAGCCGCAACAACAGCAUGUAGAUAAAAGCGUGCAUCAUGAACAACAGCAUGGAGGUGAGCCUAUCCUGCCAUCACAACAGCUACGUCAGCACCAGCAAAAUGAGCACGCACAGCAGUCACAAAUACCACAGAGACAUCAGCACCAGCAGCAGCUGCCACUGCAGCAGCAACAGCAGCCGCAGCAAGGUAAACCUGCCUUGCAGAGACAUGAGAAAGUACCGGUAGUUUCACAACAGGUAUCUUCCCUGCUUCCCAGUGACUCCUCCAAACCAGAAGGCACAACAUUGUGGAAGCAGUGCUCCAGUUGCAACAUGCCGAUUCCCCUCUACAUGCUUCAGAGGCAUCUAGCGGACUGCCAGGCUCCAAGAGACAUGAAAACAAGCAACAAUGACCUCACAAGCUGCAGUGACGGACCAAGUGUAUUUGUCUGUGGCAUCUGCUCCAAGAUCUUCCCGGAUCAGGACAGCUUUCGGGAGCACGAACAGAGCCACAGAGGUCAUCAAGCCAACAGACACGGAACCACAACCGGCCAUCGGGGCUCUAUCUUUAUGUGCUCUGUUUGCUGCUUGCGGUUCCUGACUACCGAGGAGCUCAUCAAGCAUGUUGAGGUGCAUCAGAAAGACCACUGGGAGGAAGGAAGCUGUCAAGUCUGUAGAGAGGUCUUCCAGAAUCCUGUCAACCUUCUACAACACAUGGAGACCCAUCACGGACACCUCAAGGCAUGUCCCUGCGGAGCAGUGUUCCCAAACAAGCAAGAAUUCCGAGAGCACCAGGACUUCUGCAUGCCCGUUCUGCGGGAUCCCACUGCUGCCACCGAGAGCGCCAAGUCCUACAAGUGUCGCCUGUGUCCCAAGAUAUUCGGGACAGUGCAGAGCCGCUUGCAGCAUGAGCGUGUCCACAGACGCAGCAACGGUGAGAGCCAGUUGACUUUUGAGAAACUCGUUAACAAAACUCAGCUUGUCUGCAGCCUCUGCAAGCAAGAGUUCAAUUGCAGGGAGAACUUCCGAGCCCAUGUCAGGUCGCACACUGGGGAGAAACCCUACGGAUGCCGUCACUGUUUGAAGAGUUUCUCUAGUCUUCAAGGUCGAUGGCAACAUGAGAAAAUACACAAGAGAUAAGAGAUAAUAUUGUCCUGACUCCUGACUAUCGCAUGAGAAUUGUUAAGAAGCAACCAAGACUCCUGCCUUAGCACAGUGUUCAUGUGUUUUUACAUGUAGUUGUUGGUGUACUAACUUGUGUAAACAUGAAAUUGCUGAUACAAUGUACAUGCACGUGAGGGUAUUAUGAUGAUACAUUUAUGUACGUAGAUAUGUGCACAAUAUGGCCACAUCACUCAAGCAAUAUUUUAUGUAUGUACGUACAACUUGCAGGUAAUCAUAUGCACUACAACCUAAAGGAACCCUUUGGAAUUGAAGAAAGUAAAUAUUUUCUAGUAGUUGAUGAUUUUUUUUGUUUGGAAACUUACGUGGAAGUAAAAGUUGUCUGUUUUGUUCGUGGAGAUUACCUUGAACAAGAUGCCUAGCCUGCCUGGUGUGACAUGGACCUACAUGUACAAUGUAUGGACUCGAUGGUGCUUUCUGAUCACUUCCGUACACGCACAGUUUGUAUUGUUUGUAAACUUUCUGCAGCGUUUGAUACGAUAAUGUUUAACCCUAACCGCCCUGAAUCCUUCAAAAUCCUCUUUGCCAAAGUGGAGGAAUUUGGAGGAUUGAGGUUACAUGGCAAAAGUGUGU